AUGUCGCUCCCAGAGCCUCGUCCUGAGUCCGCCCGGAAUCUGCCACCGGGCCCAGGUGUAUUCACACAGGAGCAAAUUAGGUGCCUCGAGGAGGACGGGAUACUUCUUCCCCAAGCCCAACCACAUAUCAGUGGGAAGAGGAAGGUCUCGUCUGCAUUCAGCCCGCCGAAGUCUUCUUCAGGCUCGUCAGCGUCCGUCAAAAUAUGGGGUUUCCAACCUGAUGUAAUCCAAACCUUCGACAUCCCGAUGGAAGAAGAGAGCAUCGAAGUCCUCGAGUACGUUGGAUUCGUGCCAAGCGCUGCAAAGCUCAUCUAUGAAAGAUACAUCAACCGGCCCGAUCCUGAUCGCAAUCCCGAUGAUCUCAUGCAGUAUGUCUUUGGCCAUAUCGGCUCAUUGAAGUCAAGACGAUACGACAAUAUGAGCCACAGAGAAGCGCUGAGACAGAUCGGCCUUAAUCUCCAAAUACAAGAAGCAAUCACUGAUCCCAGAUUCUCUCGCAUCUUCGGUACUGAAACUCUCCACUAUUGGGCAAAGGACACCGUUCAAACGAAUUAUGCUGCUCUAUUCAGUCGGCAGAGACUGCUCAGGAGGCAUGCCAACCAACGCAUAGAGUAUAAGAACAAGCGGAAAAAGUCAAGACACCAGGCCAGUCUCCCUCAAGAGCAAGGCGCGUCGCAGAAUCCAGCUGUGACAGCAACCAUCAACAUGACACCUCGUGAUUUCCGCUUUCCGGAGGCAUACGUGGCGAUGCAGACUGAAGUCAAUACUCUAAACGACCACAUUUCUCUAUACAAAGGCAAAGCAUAUGAGGAAUUGAACCGGGAAGAAGGCAUCGUCAACGAUGAUGGAACUAUUAACCUAACACCCCUUCUAACAUACCCGGGCGGAGACACCAACUGGGAUAAGAUCGCGUAUUAUUGGAAUCCCGAGAAAGAGACAGCCGAAGAGUAUCGGAAAUAUGCAGCAAGAAGAUGUCCCACAUCUGAGACCUGCAUUAUACGAAUUCAGAUCCCGUGGUCAUUAUUCAUUCAUAGGCUUCGUAGGGAAGUCAUAUGGUAUUCUCCUGAGUGGAAGGAAUAUAUCUGGACAUGCAGGAAAUCUGUCCCGCCGCAUCGGAAAUUUAAUAGGAUUUUGCGUGCUGAUCUUGUCAUCAGUCAUAUCUGCUCUAGGCUAAGCGGGCAGAUCAUGCGUAUUCCCUGGCAGGAUGUCCAGACGUGUAUCACUGAAGAUGAUGUCAUGCGGUUACCGUCUGGUAGGAAAGCUACUCAAUGGAUGUUCGCUCAACAUGAUACAUCGACAACGGAACAGCUGGCUAAAGAGAUUCGAGGGAAAAUACACUUCGACAUUUUUGAGGCCGCUGUACGCUCAUCCAUGACCACGACGUAG